AUGAGCGCGCGUGUGACCUCGAGAGGAUUGACGACGCCGAUCGCCGACCGGCGACGAGGCGGACGCGGGGCGAGACGAUCGACGACGCCGGCGCGGGGACAAGGCGGGAACUCGCAGUGGGGCGAUUCGACGCAGUGCGUGCAGAAUGGCGAACGCACGGGUCGACCUAAGGUGUCCGACUCGCUCACGACGCCGAUCGUGCAAACGUCCACGUACCACUUCAAGGAUACGGAGGAGUUGAUCGCGUAUCAGGAAGGGCGUUAUAAGAGCUUCGAGUACGGUCGAUACGGUAACCCGACGACUUUGGCGUGCGAGGAAAAGAUUCGCUUGCUCGAGGGUGGCGAAGACGCGCUCAUGAGCGCGUCCGGCAUGUGCACGGCGACGACCAUGCUUCUCGCGCUGGUUCCGGCCGGCGGCCACAUAGUCACCACGACUGAUUGCUACAGACGCACUCGGCAGUUCAUUCAGACCUUCUUACCGAAGAUGGGCAUCACGAGCACCGUGCUCGAUCCGUCCGACUACGACGGUUUGGAAAAGGCUCUCAAGGAGAACAAGUGCUCGCUGUACUUCUCUGAGUCCCCGACGAAUCCGUAUCUACGAUGCGUCGACAUCGAGCGAAUCGUGAAUUUGUGUAAGCCGACUGGCUGUCUCGUGUGCAUUGAUGGCACGUUCGCCACCCCUUGCAAUUCUCGCGCGCUCGAUUACGGAGCCGACCUGGUGAUUCACAGCGCCUCGAAGUUCAUGGGCGGUCACAACGAUGUCCUCGCCGGGGUCAUCGUCGGUAAGAAGGAGCCGGUUGCCGCCUGCAGACAGUUCCAUAAUAUUCUCGGAGGGGUCAUUGACCCGCACGCGGCCUACUUAGUUCUUCGCGGUCUGAAGACGUUGUCCCUUCGGGUCGAACGUCACAACGAGAGCGCGAUGAAGCUCGCUCAGUUCCUCGAGGCUCACCCGAAGAUUGACAAGGUGCACUAUCCUGGGUUGCCUAGCCAUUGCGACCAUGAGGUAGCUAAGAAGUACAUGAAGGGUUUUGGUGGGGUUGUUUCUUUCGAGGUCAAGGGUGAUCUUUGGAAGACUGCAAAGUUCAUUGACAGCUGCAAAAUCCCGUACAUCGCGCCCUCUCUCGGCGGCGUGGAGUCGUUGAUCGAACAGCCUACCAUCGUCUCUUACUGGGACUACGCCCCGGAAGUGCGCGCUGAGAUCGGAAUUAAGGACAAUCUCGUUCGUUAUUCCACGGGUAUCGAGGAUUACGCCGACAUUGAGGCGGACAUGGCGCAAGCACUUGAUCAAAUCUAA